GUUCUGUUUAUACAAACAAAGCAUUUUAAUAGGCACUCCAAAAUAGUUUAGGUUAACUUAAUAUCAAAUUUCUAUAUAUAAAAAUCUUCCAAUAUAUAUUAAUUUGACGAAUUUAUCCUAUUCUUAGUGAUAAAAUGAACAAAACAAACGUUAAUAGAUAAAAGUGAAUAUUCUCAUAUAGAAUAAAGUGAAAAAAUAAAGAAAAUACCGAAAAUACUCAUAUGAAAUGUUACAACCACAACAGUGACACAUUGAAGGAUUUUGUGAACUUAAUUUUUAAUUUUAAAAUGUUAUUGAAAAAAUGCAACAAGUAAAAUUCUAUUUUUUAUUAAAUUCUCCAAUUAUUACAAACUAGUUUGUAUUGUUAAUUAGAUAAAUAAUGUGCAUAGCAACACAAUGUUACUUCAAGCGAAAAGUAAAAUUAUUCUACUUUGGUGCUUAUUGUUUAUUUCUUCUACUAUAACGUAAGAAGAAUAUGUUUGAGAUUCUGUUUUACUACAAAUUUUAAAAUGAUUUUUAUAUGGCGCAUUAUUCUUGCCUUAUGUGGCAUUGCAAUUUGCAUUGGUUCGCCAACGCUCUUAUUCGCAACCGAUACGGACAUACGAAUGGCAAAUAUAUCACGAGCAAAUAAAGUAACGACAAUUGUUAAAGAUUUAUCAGAAGGUACAGCUUUAGAUUUUUAUUACGAGCGCGGACUAGUUUGCUGGUCCGAUAGUGGAGACGAGGUUAUACAAUGUGUCCGUGUCAAUGGGAAUUACGAGAAAAUGACAAUUGUCAAGUCAAGUUUGAUAUCACCGGACGGUUUGGCCUGCGAUUGGUUCACCGGAAAGCUCUAUUGGACGGACAGUGAAAAGAAAAGAUUGGAAGUAACAAGUAUUAAUGAACAAUAUCAGAAAGUAUUGUUUUGGACAAAUGUCUCCCAACCCAGGGCAAUAGCACUCGAUCCAAUGAAGAGUAUAUUCUUCUGGACUGACUGGGGUGACGAUCCAAAAAUUGAAAGAGCUUCAAUGGAUGGCGAUUCAAGUACUCGUCGAAUAAUUGUUUCAACAGAGAUUUUUUGGCCGAACGGUCUAACAUUGGACUACGAGAAGGAAUUAAUUUACUGGACCGACGGGAGAUUGAGAUUCAUUGCAGUUAUGGAUUAUGAGGGGAAAAAUAGGAGGGAAAUUAUUAGUAAGGGUUUGGAUUAUCCCUAUGCAAUAACUUUCUUCGAUCAGAAACUCUAUUGGACGGAUUGGAAAGCUUGGGGUAUUUAUUCUUUGGAUGUUCGUUCGAAUCAGGGGCAUCCUCGGGAAUUGUGGAUUCAAGAUAUUCACGUUCCGGGUGAUAUUGAAGUUUGGGAUCCAAAGAGACAGCCGCAAGGUGACAGUCCUUGUAAGCACAACAAUGGAAAUUGUUCUCAUCUUUGCCUUUUGAGUAGUAAACCUUCGGGAUAUUCUUGCGCAUGUCCAACUGGUGUUAAAUUAAUUGAUAAUUUCACUUGCGCCAAACGACCUGAGAAACUUUUGCUUAUUGUUCAACAAACGGAAAUUUGUCACUCGUCUUUGGAUACACCUGAUUACACCACGUUUAUACUUCCGUUACAAAAUAUCAGGCACGCUAUUGCCAUUGACUUUGAUCCUGUCGAUGAAAUGCUUUAUUGGACUGAUGAUAAAGCUAGAACUAUUCGCAGGGCUUUCUUGAAUGGUUCCGGACAAGAAAAUAUUACAACCACCGAAGUCGAGAAUCCAGAUGGAAUUGCAGUUGAUUGGGUUGCUCGUAAUUUGUACUGGACAGACACUGGAACCGAUAGAAUUGAGGUUGCUCGUUUGAACGGUAGUAGUCGGAAAGUACUCAUUAACGAUGACUUAGUGGAGCCAAGAGCAAUAGCUCUAGCACCAGAGUUAGGUUGGAUGUUCUGGACCGACUGGAAUAAAAAGAAACCGAAAAUCGAACGCAGUAACUUGGAUGGCAGCGAAAGAAUUCUUCUCAUUACCACUGACAUCAUCUGGCCCAACGGUAUCGCUGUAGACUUGGAACGAGAAAAAAUAUACUGGUGUGACGCGAAAACGGAUAAAAUAGAAGUUUGCAAUAUGGACGGUUCCAGUCGACGAGAAGUUAUAACGAAAAAAUUAGAUCACCCCUUUGGAUUAAGUUUACUGGAUGAUUAUUUGUAUUGGACAGAUUGGCAGAAGCGAAGUAUUGAGAGAGCGCAUAAAUUAACAGGAAAUGAGCACGAGGCAAUAAUUGAAAACAUUCCCAAUGUAAUGGGACUGAAGGCAGUUCAUUUGGGAAAAGUUAGGGGUACAAAUCCUUGUUCGAAAAAUAAUGGAGGAUGCAGUCAUUUGUGUCUCAAUAGGCCAAAUAAUAAAUACGUUUGUGCAUGUCAAAUUGGAUAUGAAUUGUCCAGAGAUAAAAGGACUUGUGCUGUACCAGAAGCCUUUUUAUUGGUGGCUAGAAAGGAAAAUAUUGUGCGAAUAAGUAUCGAGAAUACCAAUAAUGACAAUAUCAUACCCGUUACUGGAGUAAAGGAUGUGAGUGCUUUGGAUUAUGAAAUGUCUCAAAACAGCAUGUAUUGGGCGGAUAUUAAAGUUAAAUCAAUUACUCGAGCAUUUAUAAACGGUUCGGAAAUGGAAAGACUCGUUGAAGUUGGUCUCGAAAGUCCCGAUGGUUUAGCAAUUGAUUGGAUAGCGCACAAUUUAUAUUGGAGUGAUUCGAGUUCUCAUCGGAUUGAAGUAAUUCGGCUAGAAACUCGCAGCAGAAAGGUGCUGAUUUGGAAAGACAUAAUCGAACCAAGGUGUUUGGUGCUAGAUCCCCAGAAAGGGUACAUGUAUUGGACCGAAUUUGAGGAAAAUUCUGGAAAUUCGGGAACAAUUGAGCGGGCAAAUUUAGAUGGAACUCAACGUCAAUUAAUUUUAUCGAACAUUGGUCGAGCGAAUGGUCUGACUCUUGAUUACAUGACUGAUCAUUUGUAUUGGACCGAUUCAACAACGCCGGCUAUUGAUAGUUAUGAUUUAGUGACAAAGAGAAGAAAGUCUUUAGUUACGCAAAAUAUUGUUUAUCCCUUCAGUAUAACUCAGUAUCAGGAUUAUAUUUACUGGACUGAUUGGAAUACGGGGAUUAUUGAAAGAAUUAACAAAACUUCGGGUUCUGGCAGAACAGUUAUUCACAAUCGACUUGAAUCAGUAACGUCACUCUUAGUUUUUCAUGCUUCUCGACAAACCGGAACGAAUGUUUGUGCUGUGAAUAAUGGCAAUUGCAGUCAUCUGUGCAUUGCUUUUCCAGGUGACAAUGAAGGGACUUCCACACGUAAAUGUGUCUGUCCAACGCACUUUAAUCUCAGCGCGGAUAAUAAAACCUGUACCCCUCCGACAAAUUUUAUGAUGUACAGUUUACGUAACGUAAUAGGAAGAUUACUGCCCGAUAUAAAUGAUUGUCCCGAUAUUGUACUUCGUGUGCAGGGACUGAAAAAUAUCAGAGCCAUUGAAUUCGAUCCGUUCACUCAACACAUUUAUUGGAUCGAUGGUCGUAGUUUAGCGAUUCGCAAGAGUUUAGAAAACAAAACACACGGAUCAGUUGUAGUUGCAGGCAGUUUUGGACAUCCCUUCGAUUUGGCUCUAGAUCCCAUAGGAAGAUUAUUAUUCUGGUCCUGUGAAAUUAAUAAUGUCAUAAAUAUAACGAAAAUCGAUAAUAAUUUAAAUUUGGGAAUUAUCGUUAAGGGUGAAGGUGAGAAGCCUCGUUAUCUUGCUAUUCAUCCGGAAAUGAGAUUACUCGCUUGGAUCGAUGUCGGUGGAUCGAUAAAGAUUUAUUUAAGUAAAAUGGAUGGACAUGAGAAGAAAAUUAUUGCUUCAAAUUUGGAAUUACCGUCGGGUCUCACCAUCGACGUGAUGGCAAAUAAAAUUUAUUGGUCUUGUGGAAAAACGAUAGAAGUCGCCGAUUUAACGGGUGGCAAUCGACGAAUACUCACCAGCACUGAUGAAUCUUCAAUUGGACAUUUGUCAAUUCUUUUGAAUUAUAUCUAUUGGUUUAAUCGAGGAGCUCAAACGGUGGAACGAGUUGAUAAAUUUACUGGAACGAAUAAAAGUAUUGUAAUGAAUCGUCCACUAACGGAUCUCAUUACUGUGAGAACGCCAAAUAAUCAUGUUAUGGAUUCGCAUAUUUGCAGUCCAUCGCAUGAUUAUGGUGGUUGUUCACAUCUUUGUAUUGGAAAUUCGUCAUUGCGAUGCUCGUGUCCACAAUUUCUUGUUUUGAGUGAAGAUGGAAGAACUUGUAGAGAAGCACCUGCUUGUGGAAAUGAACAUUUUACUUGUAUUGCUCCAAACUCGGCUGUUGCACAGAAAUGUAUUCCUAUAUCGUGGAAAUGUGAUGGACAGGACGAUUGUCCAGAUGGGAGUGAUGAAUUGAAUUGUCCAACUUGUGGGCAUGAUCAGUUCAGAUGUCAGAGUGGACAUUGUAUUGAUACAAAUUGGGUUUGCGAUGGAACCCCUCAAUGUUCCGAUGGUUUCGACGAGGCAAACUGUUGUCGCUCUGGACAAUUUCAAUGUAGUUCGACAGGUUCUUGCAUUUCUGAAACAUUGCUGUGCGACGGUUGGAAAAAUUGCCCGGACGGAAGUGAUGAGAAUACUGUGGCAUGCUCGACAGUGAAUAAUCAGCAGCAGUCGGUUGUUCCGGUGGACGCCGGAAAGAAUACCUAUAUUCUUGUAAUUUUAGUGUCGAUGAUUGUGUUCGCAAGCGGUGGCAUUAUCGUCUAUUACUGUCGAAAGAAAAUGUCUUCCAAUGGCGAAUUACCAGACAUCUUGUAUGACUCGGCGGGAGAUCCGCUUUCUCCGAAGCCAAACAGAAUUGCAAAGGCCACAUUGGUGCACAAAGGUGGCAGAAAGGAUCCUAAACUUGGAAUGGAUGCUGUGAGGAUGUCUACUCUAAAUGGCAGUAGCAUAGGAUCCAGUUACGAUCGCAGUCACAUUACAGGUGCUUCAAGUUCGACUCGCGGUAGUUCCACAGGUGGCUAUCCACAAGAAACAUUGAACCCACCACCUAGUCCAGCGACAACUGCCAACUCCACAAGAUGUUCCAGUAGCAAUGCAUCAAGAUGCAGACCAUAUCGACAUUAUAGAAGUAUAAAUCCACCGCCACCACCCACGCCAUGCAGCACAGAUGUUUGCGACGAGUCUGACAGUAAUUAUCCAACGCGAUGGCGAUAUGAAGUGGAGCCCUUCCCACCACCGCCAACGCCGAGAUCUGUUUAUCACAGCGAUAUAGCAAUUAGCUGUCCACCAUCUCCGAGUUCAAGAUCAUCGACAUAUUUUCAUCCAUUACCACCGCCUCCAUCACCAGUACCAUCUCUCUCGAAACGAGACUGCUAAAGACUGAAUAUUUAUUUUUUAAAAUAUAACGGAAGUUAAUAUUCUCCGUAUUCUAUAACUCGAUUCUGUAAUUUCACUUCACUUUCAGUUCAGUGACGUGAAAUCAAGUGAAAUUACAGAAUAAUCUAGUGCGCAAAUCCCUUGCCCAGGUGCAUGAUCGAGUUAUAGAAUAAAAGAGGUACAAUUUUUUUUCUAACAAAAAAGAAAAAAAAAUGAUUUACAAUCGUGUAAUGAAUUUUUUAAAAUACGUGUAUUUGAACUUGAAAAAAGAAAACAGAGUACGAGAAAUCCCUAUGACUUGCAGAGAGCAUUUGUUUUAAAGUGAAGUCGAUGCAAGAUGUUUUGUAUAUUUUUUAUCUUUUUAAAUUAGCUAUAAGAGUAAAUAAAAUUGUGUAAAAAGUGAAGAAGGAAAGUACAUAUAUGGAUACCGCAACGUGUUCCAUGACCUUUAUUUUAUAUUUGUGAACAGUCGAACUGUAAUUUAGACAAAUUAAACAAAAUCGAAUUUAUCAAUAGAAAUUUCGCUUCUUAGAAGUUUCUAAAUUAAAAAAAUAAAUAAAAACACCAGUUCUAAAAGACUGCUUGUAAAUUUGUAAAAUUUGCUUUUUAACAUAAGAAUGAAUUGAAAAUUUCAACUCCAAGGAAAAAUAUACUAAAAAGUCCAUUUUUUUCAAUCUAAAUUAAUUGUUUUAUGGAACGACUUAUUUUUAAGGACUGGGGUAUUAACUACGAAUUUUAAAAAAAAUGAUCAAAGCAGAAGAAAGUAUGUAUAGUUCUAAUUUAGAAAAUCAAAACAAAACACUGCGAUCAAAAAUAAAUUAUAAGUAUAAAAAGUUGAAUAUUCGACUGAAAAGAUUUUAAAAACAAAAGACUGGCAUUUUUCGCGUAUAUUAUAGAGAUUAAAUUAAAAAUUUUAAAUUCAAAAACAAAAUUUUGUGAUAGGUAUUUUACAAAAAAGAAGAAAAUCUAAAUAUUCAUUGUUAAUGUUUUAUAUUUUCGAAGAUAAAAUUUUAUCGUU